AUGGACAAGCACUCCAAAAAGCUAAAAACGCUGUCUGGGGAGAGUAAUCGGAGCAUCGGGGAACUCUUCACCACGCGGCCUAAAUCCAAGAUGGCGGCACCUCCCGACAUUUCCUGCUCCUCAUCCUCCUCCGAGGACUUAAUGGAUGCCCUGACCCUAUAUAGGAGGCAACAGGGCCAGCACCUAAAAUGUAGACUGAGGACCGUGGUGCACCGGUGACCAAAGAUGACAUUAUGGACCUCAUGGUCAAUAUCAGGGCCUUUUUCCAUGCAGAUCUGGUGGUGAUCCAGGAAGAGGUGUCAGCGGUCACAGACAGGGCCAAGGUGAGAGAAGAAGACAUAUCCACCCUCUUACAGUGCCAAGCUGACUCAACUGAGCAGAUCCAGCGUUUACAGACCUCACACACGGCCAUGCAGGAUCGGCUAGUCACAGUGGACAAUGCCCGCAGGCAUAAUCUAAAGGUCAGGGGCAUAGCAGAAUCCGUUGUGAAUGGUGAAUUACCACACUUCGCCUAUUCUCUGCCAUACUGCCCCAGCGGCGCACAAAACAUGCUCUCACUAAUGGUGUUCAUCAACUCCCUAAAUCCCCAAGGGCACCAGCUGCAGCUUCCCGAGAUGUUCUUCUCCACUUUCUAA